AAUCUGUGAAAGGAGUUUCUACAAUGGUUUGCUCAGCUCUCAGGAGAGUUGCCCAGAUGCAUGUUUUCCUGGUGAGGAAGGCCAGUAGUGUCUCCAAAGGCCAUCAUCAGCAGGCCUUGGGCUCAAGACCUGCUGCUUCAGAGUUUGCUGCCCGAGGAGCUCCAGGUGGUGUGGUGGAGUUACUGGGCAAAUCCUACCCUCAGGACGACUACAGCAACCUCUCCCAGAAAGUCCUCUCCAGGGUUGGCAGGAAUCUGCACAAUCAGCAGCAUCACCCUCUCUGGCUGAUCAAGGAGAGGGUGAAGGAGCACUUCUACAAGCAGUAUGUGGGCCGCUUUAGGACUCCACUGUUCUCGGUCUACGAGGACCUUUCUCCAGUGGUCACCACCUGGCAGAACUUUGACAGCCUGCUCAUCCCAGCUGACCACCCCAGCCGGAAGAAGGGAGACAACUAUUACCUGAAUGGGACUCACAUGCUGCGAGCACACACGUCCGCACACCAGUGGGACCUGCUGCACGCUGGACUGGAUGCCUUCCUGGUGGUGGGUGAUGUCUAUCGGCGCGACCAGAUCGACUCCCAGCACUACCCAGUGUUCCACCAGUUGGAGGGUGUCCGACUCUUCUCUAAACACGAGUUAUUUGCUGGCAUGAAGGAUGGAGAAGGCCUACAGCUCUUUGAACAGAGUUCUCGCUCUGCCUAUAAACAAGAGACACAUACCAUGGAGGCCAUGAAGCUCAUCGAGUUUGACCUUAAGCAAACACUUACCAAACUUGUGACACAUAUUUUUGGAGAUGGACUGGACAUUAGAUGGGUAGACUGCUACUUUCCUUUUACUCAUCCUUCCUUUGAGAUGGAGAUCAACUUUCAUGGAGAAUGGCUAGAAGUGCUUGGCUGCGGGGUGAUGGAACAGCAACUGGUAAAUUCAGCUGGUGCUCAAGAUCGGAUCGGUUGGGCCUUUGGCCUAGGAUUGGAAAGACUGGCCAUGAUCCUCUAUGACAUCCCUGACAUCCGCCUCUUCUGGAGUGAGGAUGAGCGUUUCCUGAAGCAGUUCCGCGUGUCAGAUAUCAACCAGAACGUGAAAUUUCAGCCUUUUAGCAAAUACCCUGCUGUGAUAAAUGACAUCUCAUUCUGGUUGCCCUCUGAGAAUUAUACAGAAAACGAUUUCUAUGACUUAGUACGAACAAUUGGAGGAGACCUGGUGGAAAAAGUUGAUCUGAUAGACAAGUUUGAACAUCCAAACUCCACUGGGCGAUCUACUUAUUCAAGUGUCGUUUGGAGCCGGAGAAGGUAUGACUAUGACCAGAAUUUAAUCAGGUGUCUGGUGAGGACAGAGCAAGGAAGAAUGUUCCGUAAGAUUUACAUGAAGAAGAGGAGGACACCUCAAGGCAGUGUAGUGCCCGGCAGGGUGUCCCGUUCCAGCGGAGAUGCUGUAGCAUAGAGGGGGCUAGUUAGUCAGACGCUUAGGAAAGUCAGACGCUUAGGAAAUGAAUUGAGGAACUUAUAUUCGGAUCUCCCCAGCAUGUCACCACCACCUGCUCACGGAGACCUCAGCCUCCUGCACAGUUCCCCUCAAGUAUUUCUGGAGGUCUCCAAGGAUGUCCCACAUUUGCUUACAAACAAACUUCCCCUGAACAUGCCGGGACUCAGGGGGCCCCCAGUUUCCUCCUGGAUAUUGCUAGCCCUGCUGCUGCCCCAGCUGGCACACACCCAUGAGACUCUGGGGGGGUCUUCACGGUGUCCUGUGCUCUAUCAGAUUUGGGCAGAGCUGUGCCUUCCCUUGCUGGUGUCACACCUGUCACCGGGGACUCAAGCAGCUCUGCUCUGAGCCCCAUCUCCUUUCCUACCUUGCAGAGCCCCUCCCCCAGGCUUUCCCCUCCAGGCAAACCCCUGCAAAGAAGGCCUCGGGGAUUCCAGCGCACAACUGACUCCGUCUCAGUUCAGACCAGAAUCUUUCAGACCUCGGAAAUGAGGACAAAAUCAACAACUCCUCUUUUGUUAACAGAACUAUUUUGCAAGAUGUCUUAUUUAAUAUUUCUCAGAGGAGAAAGAAUACCCCACAGAAGUUUUUAGAUUCUGUGUUUGACAGAUCCGGCCACUUUUCUUAGCCUCUACUUCCUCCUGAAAGAAAGUGAUGAUAGUAAGAUGAGAAAAGAGGAAACCAGCAGUGAAAAUGAAGCAGGUGAAAUAUUUGUACAAGAGAUGACAGCUGUGGUCUACACACUUACUCAGAAUUUUACUGGAAUAAUCUUAUCUUAUCCCAGCAUUUGUUAAAUAUGGUAAUUUCUCCUAGCUGGUUGUCUGUCCAGCAACACACAUGGUAUCAGUGAUGGUGAGAUAAGCAUUUCUAACACGUUCUGUUUUGGCAAUUGCCACGUUGCAUUGUAUUUAUACACUUUCCACCAUUGCACUGUGAGUUACUGCCAGGCACUGGGUCUUUAACUUUCUGCUCUAUUUGAGGUAUAAAACAUAGCAACUAUUCAAUAAAUAUAUGAUGAAUGAAUGAUAAAAAGAAAGAAAACCCAGCAACAACAUACUGACAUCAUGUUUUCUCCAAAUAUAACCGACAUCCCAUUCUCUGUAGGCCAGAAAGAGACCCCAUUUGGUAACAUUUUCCAGAUGGGUGACCAGAACCCUUUACUCUCAGUCAUGCUGGUUUCUGACUGAGGAGAAACAGAGUGGGGGGUGAGGAAUUGGAACAGGAAUUGGAUUAUAGCAAGUUAGAUUCUGAGUAAACUGCUGGUUUAAAAAUAGCGUUUUUGAGAUUAGUGUUCACAUAGAGAAAAGGAAGAAAGGAAAAAGGAAAAAAAAGUACCUUUGAAGAAGAUUGGUUGUAUCGUUUAUAAAAUAUAUUUUAAUACUCUGAACUCCCCAGAUCAGAAAAGUGUUGGAAGUAUGCAAAUUAUUCCAUGAUUACCUAAGAAACCCUUUCCUGAUUGGAAGAGGGGAAAUCACAGGGUUGAAUGGAAAUUCAAGGAGUCAAAUUAUAACAUGCUUGUUGUGUAUGUUUGUUUGCCACAGAUGAGGAACAAGGGAAAAUUUUGAAGGAAGGUAACUAUGAAAGGAAGAAAAAAGCUAUCUGUGCAGGGAGGGCAGAGAAGCCUUAGCUCUCUUGAAUGUGGGCUUUCCAAACCACUACGUACCUAAGCCAUCCCACUGAGAGUCAUAGGAAUAGUGGAUCCCUGACAUGGCUGCCAACAUCCUUUUCUAGAAGCAGCUUCUUCCCCCAUGUGCUGGGUUCAUAGGACAGUGUCCACACUGGUCCAGUGGGUCUCUGUUCUAGGGCCUAAGUGAUUGCUGCGGGGGUGGGCACCUCAUAAAGCUGGGCCAAUAGGCCUUCUCUCCCCAUAAUGUUUGGAUGAAAGACCCAAGAGAGCUUAAGCUGUGAGUGACAUACUUAGGAGCCAUCUCUGGCCACAUUUCCCAUGUGGGGAGAAUGUGGUGAGCAGAGAGGGAGAAGGAAGCAGCAGAAGAGAGAUGUGACAUGGAGAGGAGAACUGGUGUGGUUUGAGUCCUCGGUUCCAUUGUGUUCUGGGACCCAGCUGCUCACCACCCUUCCCACAGUUGAGUUGUCCAGUCCUUGCUCAGAUUCCCUAAGCAAGUGUAACUCCCCUGUUGUUUAAGUUGGUUUCACAUGGGUUUCCAUUAUUUGAGAUCAAAUGAGUUCUAAGACAUGUAAUUACAGACUUCUGGCAUUGGAAGAGGGCAGGAAGGAAGAGGGUGACAGGCCAAAGUCAUUAGCUUCCUUUCCAGAGAACUCUGGAGCACCACAGAGUUGAGGCUGCAGUGGGCCCUUGAGCUCCAGAUGUUUUUCUUCAGUAUGCUUUUGAAUAGUUCUUUUCCUUUUAGCUAGAAUAGCUAAAACUUAAUGUAUCUCAAGUUGUGACUCCUUCAUUCUAGUGAACAUGUUUGUGAACACUUACUAUGGGUGAGGCACUAUGCUAUCUGUGAUACUUAGGGUCAGGAGAUAUAAAAAUGACUUUUUAAAUGAGCUCUUGUCCUCAAGGAGCUCACAGUCUGAUAGGAGGUCAGUGCACAUAAUUUAAUGCAAUUUAAUAUGAAAAGUGUCUUAGAUGACAGAUGGCACCACCACGAUUUCAAAGAAGAGUAGCACCUCUCUUUGCUGUAAAUGAUCCAGAAAUGUUUACAGAUCAUGGUUCAGCUGACAAAUUAGACUUAGCUAUGGAAUGGGCCAAGAAAUUCCAGGCAGAGUAGACAGUAUGCACAAAGACAGGAAGAGAGAGAUGAAAAUAAUUUAGUGUGCCCAGCAUACAGGAAACAUGGCGGAGUGGGGGGAAAUGAAACUGGAGAGUUUGGGAAGGGCCAGAUCUUAAAGGCCCUUCAUUUCCUUAUACUCAUGUGGACUUUUCUGGUAGAACAUGUAGGGAGUCAUUGAGCUAAUUCAGAUGUUUUCAAAUUUGUAAGUGAUUAUCUGUCUUGAGACUAUGUUGGCCCUGGGUAAAGCUGGGGGUAGGGAAAGAUGGAGAAGUGCAUCUGAAUAGCUUAUCUGAAUGGAGGAGAUAAGUCUGAGCUGAGACAGUGGCCAGGGCCUUGUGGGAAAAGCUGACUGAUGGAAAGGAUAUUUAGGCGUUAAAAUCCACAGGAAAGGUGGAGCCAUUUGAGGGAGCGAGCAUGGAGAUGAAGGAACUAAAUGUAACUUCCGAGUCCUGAAUGGUGUGACUGAGAGCUGACCUUGAGGUAGGGGUUAAGUAAAGGGAGCAGGGCUUUGGUGGAGGUUAUGUGGUUACUUGUGGUCUUCCUGAGUUUUAGGUAGCCUGCCUGGAAAUUCCGGCCUAAGAGCUCAUGAGAGAGAGGCCAGGAUUAGAGUAUACAGUUGGCAGUUGGAGCUCCAGUCAGGACUGAGAUGCCUAGGUUGUGUCUGGCACAGGAGAAGGGGAAGAUGAAGAAAGAAUGAACUCCAGGGAAGGCCUAAAGGGAUGGAAGAGGGAACGAGUGAGUGAAGGAAUUAAGAAGGGUGACCCAGGAGGUCCAGGUAGAGGAACAGAGGCUGGGGGAUGAAAGCAUGGAAGGUCUGUCUUGCAGGAGCGAGAUUAGAGAGUGCAAUCAGGUGACCUGCCAAGACCACAUGGAUUUGGCCAAUACAAAGCCUUCAGUAGUAGGUUCAAGGAUGGGAAAUACUUUGGUGAAUCAUAUUCUCCUUUCCCCCCUGUGGUGCCUUCACAAAUAUUUAUUCCACAAAUGUUAGUAAUUACAGAAUAUUUGAUUUAAUGGUUAUAUACAGAGGGUUGAUGUGUUAGGGAGCAAACAAAAUGUCCUAACUCUGGCACCUAGACCUGGUCUUCAUGGCUAUGUGUUUGGUGAUUUUCCUUUGGAAUAAUGUUGUGGGGAAGUUUCACUUUUCAGUCACUUACCUGUUUGUAUGUUCCCUUCCCCUAUAGCUCAUUUAAAGGGUGGAUAGGGCAGGUGAAGCAUCUCCGUGAGCCCUCUCUGAGAAGCAGGAAUUAUACAGGAAUGACACUUAGAGAUUAGUCCCCAGCGCUGGGGUGGCCCACUUAAGACAAGCCUCAUUAAAUGCACUUCAUAGGGGAUAGCCAGUGUAUUUAACUUAAGAAAGGACAUGGCAUGCCAAUUAAGACCUGAAAAUAUGCAUGGAAUUUGGAAUUUGAACAAUACUUUGAUCAGCACUUCUUAAAAUGAAGACUCCUUAAAAGGUUGCUUAUACUUCCCUUUGGUCCUGCUGGGUGGAGCCACCUGCUCCAAAGGAUGAAGCCACCCCUGGGGGACAGAAGUGCAACACAAUACAGAGUACACACAACUCCUGAAAUUAGACUUGACCUCCACUCAUCCUCUCAAGGCAUAAAAGGAGCCUCCCCAAAAUGAGAGGAAGAAAGCUGGGAAAAAAAGGUGUGAGGCACAUAUCGCAAGGAAAACAGAGAGGAGUUGAUUUUGAUUAUAUUUAGAAUGCUAUUUUUUUUUUUAACCUAGAUUGAAUCAAGGAAUACCUGUACAUUGAACUUCUUUGUUUCAGGAUUCCUACUGCCAGAAAGUCUCUUUAAAUAUGAAUCCCAAAUAAUGUGAUAUCACAUCUGAUAUAGGAAUAUAUCUGGCAAUAUUAAACAGAUCAAAUUCUUGGGAAGACUAGUCUGCAUUGAAGCUAUUCUUAGCAUAGUUAAAGUAAAGGAGAUCCAUACAGAUAUUCAAGAUGGAAAAAUCCUAAUAGUUAAUAGAAAACCAAAACUCAAGGUCCCUGCAACCUUCAGAGCAGAGCUACUUCAAGUUCUUCUCAGAAAACAAAUGUGUCUUAGAGAUUUUAGCCAGGGGCCCCUCCACAUCUUCAUGUCCUUUUCUGGGGCAUCCUCCCCUCUUUCCUUCCUUCUUUAAAUCAUCUAAUGUCUCAUGUCCUGCCUGUCCUGUCCCUCAGACAGCUUUGCUCAGCCAAUGACUGGACCAGGUAGAGAUUGAAAUUGGAGCCUAUAACAUAUGACCAGAUUUAUACAUCAUAUUUACAUCAUUUAAUUACUUCAAAUAAUACUUUUGCUUAGGUUUCCUCCUUAGGGUACUGUCUAGCUCAUGCUGUAAUAAGAAAAUGGCAAGGCAGUUACGGUAGUCCUAACUGCAAAUUUGUGUAAAAUUACAUUCAGUUGAUCUGACAUACUUUCAAGCAACUGUGAAAAAUAGCUAUUAUGAUCUGUUGGUAUGCUGCCUUGAGUGGCUAAUAAUUUUAGUUAGAUGGUGGUUUUAGUUCCUUAUCAUCAGUAAAUAUGGAAAAUAAAGUUAGAAAAAAACAGUAGCAGUAAUUUCAAAACUUUAUAUUUGUAUAUCAGUUGGGCCUUUGCAUUAUGUUUUUAAGACCAGUUUCCCACCCCACCCCCCAAGAAAAAUAAAGAAAUUCUGUUAAAAUAUCCACUGGGUGUAUUCUGUGGAAAAUAGAUCCAUACAAUCCGUAGCAGAUGUGAGGAGAUCUCCUCUAUUGCACUUUACCCCUGAACCCAAAGUCUCAGAUUCAAGGAUGUCUAACAAAUCUGUUUUAAAUUAGUGUCCAUGUAGAUGGUGUCCCCAUGGAAGGGCUACUCUAAACUUAUUUUUCUGUUGGCUUUUUUUUUUUUAAUGAGGUGAAAUUCACAUGACAAAAUUAGCCAUGUUCGAGUAAGCAAUUCAGUGGCAUUUAGCGCAUUCACAGUAUAGUGUGUCUAUUUGGUUAUCUAGAUCCAAGACAUUUUCAUCACCCCAAAGAAACCCCACACCCAUUAUAGGGCUACUUCCCAUUCCCCCCACUCCUUCCAUCCCCCAGCCACUGGCCACCACCAGUCUGCAUUCUGUCUAUGUCAUUCUGUCUACAUCUACAUCAUACAGUGUAUGAUCCUUUGUGUCUGUCUGGCUUCUUUCACUUAGCAUGUUUUUGAGGUUCAUCUACCUUUCAGCAUGUAGCAAUACUUCAUUCCUUUUUAUGGCUGAAUAAUUUUCCAUUCUACAUAUAAACUACAAUUUGUUUAUCCAUUCCUCCCUCAGUGGACAUUUGGGUUGUUUCCAUAUUUUGGUUACUGUGAAUAAUGCUUGUAUGAAGAUGUGUGCAGAAGUAUUUAUUUGAGUCCCUGUUCUCCAUUCUUUUGGGAAUAGACCUAGGAGUACAGUUGCUGAGUCAUUUGGUAAUUCUGUUUAACUUUUUGAGGAACUGCCAGACUGUUUUCUAUGGUGGCUAAAUCACUUUACAUUCCUACCAGCCAUGUACACGGGUUUCAAUUUGCAUCCUCUCCAACACUUGUUUCUCUCUCCCUCCCUCCCUUCAUCCAUCCAUCCGUCCAUCCAUCCAUCCAUCCAUCCAUCCAUCCUUCUAUCCAUCCUUCCUUCCUCCCUCCCUCCCUCCCUUCAUCCAUCCAUCCUUCCAUCCAUCCAUCCAUCCAUCCAUCCUUCCAUCCAUCUCCCUCUCUCCCUUCCUCCCUCCCUCCCUUCAUCCAUCCAUCCAUCCAUCCAUCCUUCCAUCCAUCCUUCCUUCCUCCCUCUCUCCCUCCCUCCCUUCAUCCAUCCAUUCUUCCAUCCAUCCAUCCAUUUGGUUUCAAUUUAUACUUCCUUAAAGACUGAAUGAUCUUUUCAUAUGCUUGUUGGCCAUCUGUAGAUGUUAGAAGAAAUGUCUAUUCAAAUCCUUUGCCAUCUUUUUAAUUGGGUUGUUUCUCCCUUUUUUUGGAGUUGUAAGAGUUCUUCAUGUGUUCUGGAUACUGGACACUUAUUACGCCAAACUUUUUAUUGCCUCUUAACCUCUUGAAAGUUAAAAAUUAUUUCCUUCUUUCUCCUUCCUUCUUUCCUUUCUUCCUCCUCCUUCCUUCUUUUCAUUCUUACAUACUGAAAAUACUAAAUUUGGGUAUUAGAUAUAAUGGCUUUUUAAGAAAAGAAAGGUAUAAGGAAGAUAAUUUAAAUUCCUUGUAAUUCAACAACCCACAGAUAAGCACUGUUUUCAUUUUUAUACCCUUUUUCCAUCCCUUUUUUUAAAUAUGUAGGAUAAGCAUGCAUACAUAUAUAUUCAGAAAAUUCUGAUUUUGUUGUGUACUAUUAAUUUUUUAAUGCUUUUUUUUAAUGUGGAGAAGGUAUAUUUAUUUACAUAUAAUUAUCAGAGCACUUUGUUGUUUUAAUGCCAAAUGAAAUAGAAUCUUUCCAUGAAUUUGUUAAUCAUUUUGAAUACCUCGCUAAGUGUUCAAGUGCUUUGUCCACUUUUUUCUGUUGGGGUUUUAUAAACAAUAAAACAUCUCAGAUCAACUUGGUAUAAGCUAUUUAUAUACCCAGAAUACUAGUCCAUUUUCUCUCUUGGUUGUUAUGAGGCUUUUUUCAGAUUGUUAUCUGCCUUUUAUUAUUCUGUGUGGUGUUUGGGACAUAGUGAUAUUUUACCUUCUUUCAUAUUGUCAUGUCUAACAUUUUUUUCAUUGAUUCCUUCAAUUGUUUUUCCAUGUAAAAAGUCCUUGUCUGUCCUAUAAAGGAUUAUAUAAAUAUUUGCUUACUUUUUCUCUUAAGUUGUUUUUUAUUUAAAUUGUAUUCCUGGCUCCGUCUGGAGCUUACCAUGGCAUUGUGAGAUGAGAAGGUCACACUUUCAUUUUCCUAAACAGCUAACCAUCUUUCCCGAUACCAUUUAUAAGAUUAGUAAUUUGCUUUGAAUGAAUCUGUUACCAAAGUCAUGAAACCAAUUGUUUUACUCAUUUUUUUAAAAGACACUUAAGGGGCGCCUGGGUGGCUUAGUCGUUAAGCAUCUGCCUUCAGCUCAGGUCAUGAUCCCGGAGUCCUGGGAUCGAGUCCCACAUCGGGCUCCCUGCUCGGCGGGAAGCCUGCUCUCCUUCUCCCACUCCCCCUGCUUGUGUUCCCUCUCUCACUGUGUCUCUCUCUGUCAAAUAAAAUCUUUAAAAAAAUAAAUAAAGGACACUUAAACACUGACUUGUAUAUGAACUGCGUCACCUGUGCCUCGGUUUACAUGUAUUCCUAGUCUCACUAAACGAGUAGCCACAGUCGCAUGUCAGACCAGAGUAGCCACGUGGCAACCCUUUGUCCCGGGCAAAUGCUCAAAUGACAGAUUGAUGAGGUUCCUGAGAUUGGGCCGUGGUUUCUGGGGUUCAGUUGACCUGCAGUGUCUACACAGUGUAGUGGUUGCCACAUUCUGUCUUAUUCCAUCUUAUGUCCGGAAGGAAUAGAAUGUCAUUGCUCAGGGCCAGGAAGCCUUCGUGGGGGAGUGGCUAUAACAUGGGCUUUGGAGGUUACCCUGAGUGUAGCUCCUUUCUUUGUCACUUGUUGGCCUGUGGGACUUUGAGCAACUUGCUUUAUCUUUCUAAACCUCAGUUUCUUUAUCUUUAAAAUGGGUCUAACAUUAGGAACUACUUUAAAAGGUUAUUUUGCAGUGCCUGGUGCAUAAGUAUACAGUAAGUGUUGUCGAUGGUGGUGAUAAUAUCCUAGUGGUGAAUUUCUUCUGGGAGAAACUAAUGGUAAUUAAAUGCAAGCAUUAAAUACACUCUAAGAACAGCAAAGCAUCUCAAUUAAAAAAAAUUGUGCUUUGUAUUUACUGUAGUUAAGCUCAUACUCAAAAUAAGCAUCCAGUUGCUCAACGAAAAUUUAUUCCAAACAAUAAAGUUGCUUUCUGAAGGUCUUAAUAGUUCUGGAUACGAAGAGGGAACAAGAAGGUUGAAGAUAUGACAAGGGAAGAAAAGCAUGAGGGGGUUAAGAUGUAGCAUAUGGGGGGGCAGGGUAAGCGCUGUAGAACAUGGGUAGCACAUCGUCUCUGGGAGAAAAGUGCAAGAGAGGAAAUGAGCAGGAUGCCCGCUGGUCGGAAAUGACAGAACUGGGCUCUGCAGCCAGCACAUCUGUUCGCAGGUGGGAUUUGAUGAGACAGACUUCCAUUCUGGACAGGCCCUGCGUCUUGGGGUCUCAGGGUUUUAAUUCAGUCCUGAAGUCUACACCACAGAGUCUAAAUACCAGAGGGAUCCUGCACAAGGCAGACGGCACUUUGUAUUCUGAUUUGGAAUUCAGCGAGAGUUCAGUCGAUGAUGUAAGUGAAUACCAACUAGUUACUGUCAGUACUCAUGAAACGAGGGAUAUCAGUCAUUUUUAGGAGAUAAAUCACCAUUUUGCCAUCAUCUGUUGGUGUUUCUAAAUGUAUUUCAUGGUGAAAUAAUUUCCAAAGCACACCAACUACCAGACACCAAUUUUUAAAUAGAGUAGCUAUAUUAACUUAUGAAAAGCAGUUGCAUUUCUUUUUGAGUUUUAAAGACAUGUGAUAGGUUUGUCUGGGUGUUUUGUUUGUUUGUUUGUUUGAUUGAUUGUUUUAAUCUGCAUUUCUGUUUGGAGAUUUCUAAUGAGCAUUCCAAAAUUCAAAAUCUCUGGGGUGCCUGGGUGGCUCAGACAGCUAAGCGUCUAACUCUUGGUUUCAGCUCAGGUCAUGAUCUCAAGGUUGUGAGAUUGAACCCCGUGUCAGGGUCGUGAGAUUGAGCCUCGCCUUGGGCUCUGCACUGGGCAUGGAACCUACUUAAAAAUUAAAAAACAAAAACAAAACAAAGUUGCAGACAUUAGUACACUUCUCCCAAAAUACUUCAGUGUGCAUAUCAUUAACUAUAUUACAUGAAUAUGUGUACUUCACAUGCUAUGUAUACUUUAGCAUGCCACUUCUCCCAAAAUACUUCAGUGUGCAUAUCAUUAACUAUAUUACAUGAAUAUGUGUACUUCACAUGCUAUGUAUACUUUAGCAUGCCUAUCAUUAACUACAAAGAAAUGUAAAUAUCUAAACUAUACCAUUCUGGGGCACUGGGGUGGCUCAGUCAGUUGAGCAUCCAACUCUUUAUCAGGUCAUGAUCUCAGGGUCAUGAGAUCAAGCCCCGUGUCUCACUGUGCACUGGGUGUGGAGCCUGCUUGGGAUUCUCUCUCCCUUUGCCUCUCUCCCCCGGCCACCCGCUCUCUCAAAAAAAAAAAAGAAAAAAAAAUAAUUUUAAAAAUAAUAUAAAUAAAUAAAUAGAUGUAAAAAUGUCUGAACCUCUCCUCUCUCCCAAUCCAGAGCAGUGGGCCCUGGCAGCCAUGUUGUGCAGGGGGGCUUCCUCUCUACACCACCCUAUCCCUAGCCCCCAGUCUCAGCUGAUGAGACCCAGACAAAUGCUUGACCCACAACGAGAAUUUACUAUUGGGGAUGACAGGGAUUCAGUCAUUCCUUUGACAAAAGUAUCUUCCACAUUGUCUGUUUGCCUUGAGAAGCAGAGAGGCACAGAAUGGCAGUCUACAGAGAAGAGAGCCAAGUAGAUAUACAGACGAAGUGGAGACAGGAGGCCAAGAUGGAAUCCAGAAGGCAAUCAGGUCCCUUAUUCCUGUGCUUUCAAGGGGCCCGAAGGCCUGCCUCUCCCUGGCCGGCUGGCUCCUGAAACGAAUUCCCCUUCCCUGUGGAGCCAGCAGGACUCAAGGAGUAGAUUUCCUUUACUUGCCCCCAGAGUCCAACAGAGGUACCCGGGAAGUCCAGCGGUAUCCUGUUUCUGUCGCGAGAGGCUCUUUGUUAGCCUAAGCGCCUGAGUACUUUGCUCACACUUAGGAACUUUGCUGCCUUAGUGUCUACUUCAAUCCGUGAGUUGCACUUUCUGACCCACUGCAUUGGCACAUGCAGCUCCAUGUCAGAGAGCCCAGGGAGUGGGCAGAGAGUGCCUCCCAAAUCAAGAAGAGCCACGCCAGGCACCAGAUGGCAAGGAGAAUUUCAUAGAACAUAUCGAUAAGAAGCGAAGCCUCUUUAUUAAUGCUUUCCGUAAACACUCUCAGUUAAAGGGAGCUCCAGUCGAGUGUAUAGGGAGACAAAUAGACACGCACAGCCAUCCAUCCCGGCACACAGUGGCACCAGACACUCCCAAGAGUGUGGCAAACUCACAGAGGAAGGAGAAGAAUUCAGAGCAGAAGGAGGAACAUCGGAUGGCCGGGUUGGACUAAGCCGUUCCUGGUGAGGAGGACUAGGGCCUCAGAGUCCCCAUGCUCGAUAUAUCCCAUCCGCUCACUCGUAUCUGACGGUGUCUGAAAACACACUUUGGUUGAGGGCGGUGUCCCGUGGCUCCAGCCCAGCGCUAAGUCUCUACUCGCCUGACCUCAUCACACCUUCCCCGCCCACCUUGAGACGGGCAGUGUUGCGGGCUCCCUUUCAGACUCAGACACCAGGCAGCGGAGGUAAAGCAUCUCAUCCAACAAGACACAGCCUCUAAGGGGCAGAGCCAGCGUUCGACCCCAGCAGUCUGAGCCCAGGACAUGUUCCUACCAAACCACCAUAUUGCUUCCAGCAUAUGGCUUUAAGUUGCUUGCCAGCCUCUUUGGUGUCUUUCUGGAGACCCAACGUGAAGGCUUCCACAUUACUUUGUAGGACUGCCCUAAUAAAUACCACAGACUGGGUGGCUUAAAUAACAGAAGUUUAUUCCCUCACAGCUCUGGAGGCUAGAAGUUCGAGAUCAAGGUGUCAGCAGGGUUGACUCCUUCUGUGGCCUCACCUUGGCUUGUAGAUGCCACUUUCUCCCUGUGUCCUCACAGGGUCUUCCUGCUGUGUGUCUGGGUCCUAAUCUCCUCUUAUAAGGGCACCAGUCAGAUUGGGGCCCACCCCAUGACCUCAUUUUACCUUAAUUACCUCCAUAAAGACCCCAUCUCCAAAUAAGGUCAUAUUCUGAGGUACUGGGAGUUAGGACUUCAACAUGCGAAUCUUGGGAGAUAAAUUCAGCACAACAGCUCCUUAUAGGAAUUUUAUGGCUAGCUCUUGAUUUCAGUCCCAGUCUGAUAUCUAAGGUGGGCAGUGAAAACAAGGAGCGCCCUUUUGGAGCGGUGACUUCUGCCUGGGGAGAUGGUACUGUGUGGUCACUCUCCAAUGCCCUAUUCGAACACAGGACUGGAAGAGAAUCAUAUGCUUUGCUUUUUGGGGUUACAGUGAAAAGAGCUAGUUCAGGGACUGAGGCUUGCUGCAAGAGUAUAGCACUGGUAAGGGAGACGUAACACCAAUGCAGUCUUCCCAGAGCAGGCCUCCCUGAGAACCGACCUCUCUCAGGAUAGAGUACCUUACUAGCUGACUCCCAGGAAGCUUGUUACAUGCCUCUGUUAUGUGUUCUCUGCACAGGGCUAGACCAUGAUGGUGCCUAGGUACCGAAUGGUGCCUCCUUCACUGGCUCCUCGUGAUUCUCUUUCUCUUGUGGCAUGUCCAGCUUUCUUAGGAGAGAGGAUCUGGUUGGUCCGUAGAGUCCUUGCCAUGAUGGCGGGGGCGGGGGGGGGGGCGGUGAUGGCCUAGAGCUCAAGCCACUCGUUGCUGCAUGGCCAACCCCCAUCCUUGGUCCAGUCUUCAGAGGCCUGCAGGUGGGGCACGUAGCCCCAGCACAGAGACUUAACAGGGGCAGCAAGGGCAAUAGGCACUCGAGGCCUCCCACUGCGGCACACAUAACUGGCAGGCAGCUCAUACACCAACCCCACAGCAAGAUAAAAUCCGCUUCUUUUUUUUUUUUUUAAAGAUUUUAUUUAUUUGACAGAGAGAGACACAGCGAGAGAGAGGAACACAAGCAGGGGGAGUGGGAGAGGGAGAAGCAGGCUCCCGGCCGAGCAGGGAGCCUGAUGCGGGGCUCGAUCCAGGACCCUGGAAUCAUGACCUGAGCCGAAGGCAGAUGCUUAACGACUGAGCCACCCAGGCGCCCCGAUACAAUCCGCUUCUUAAGAGCAUGUGCAAUUAGGGCGAUUGACGUAGGAGAAAGAGACCUGCAUUCUAAGGCCAGCUUCUUUGUUUCGACAGGUCACUUAGCCUCUUUGAGCGACUGGUUUCUUCAUCUAAAAAACUGAUGUAAUAACCCUACCUUAAAAGCAGCAUUCUAAGUCUAAAAUGAGAUGAAGUUCUUAAAAGUACAUCCAAAUAUUUUAAAGCAAGGUGAUUGAAUUUUUAAUUCUAACAUGUGCUUCUCCAGCCUUCUCUCUGACUGCUGAUGUAUGCCCAGUGCCUGUUACUGUACCUUUGUACUGCCCAUCCUGUCGUGGGGCUUAUUUCACCAGAAGCCAUAUUGGUCUCAGUGAUUAUUUGAAAUUUGCACAUGAAAUGUAUAAUGUUUAUUCCCUGCACUUAAAGAACUUCUGAAGGUUUGUGCUCAUCGGGGAAUCAUGUCAACAUAUUCAGAAUAUUUGGGGGAAUUUUCAGGAAUGAGAAGUAGCUGCUCCUUGCUUAAGGAAGGUUCCCACUUGAGCAGGCCAUUUGCAUAAGUAGCCUGUGGGGAACCCUGGUGCCUGGAAAAGGCCACAUUUUGUGAACUGGGGGGUCAGACCCCUCUUCCUCUCUUUGAUCAGCGUUUGGCUCUUUCUUUGCAAAUGCCGGUAAGGGCUCUGGAGGUGGAGGGUCUUAGGAAGCUACAUGGUGUCCUUGGAGCAUUUCACUGACUGGCAGGUAAGGGCCUCGUCAGAACCAGUGACUCCCCGUCAGAGAUGUGGCCUCUACCCCUCCAUGGGGGUGUCUGCUGCCCAUUUGCUGCUUCAGGUCCUGGGCGGCUGGCUAGAACACGGGGUUCUUUGAAGGGUCACCUGCUUUCCUCCCCUUGCUUCAGAGCUAGUGCCCAUGGGUCCCAUACUUCCCCAAGGUAAACUGUCUCUUUAAUCAACCCUCAACUCAAGUGUGGGUUUCUGAAUCAUUUUUUUUUUAAUCAUGCUCCAUUUUGCUAAUAAUCUGCUUCACCCUAGGACUCUAAAGGUGUGUCCUUAAAUAAUGUUUAACUUUUUUGUGAGGGUGUGUCUUUGAGGUCUCUUUGUCCUGUAACCCUCUAUGGGUACUUUUCUUUCUCUUUUUAAGAUUUUUAUUUAUUUAUUUGAGAGAGAGAGCGAGAGAAAGAGAGAGAGAAUGAGCAGGGUGAGGAGCAGAGGAAGAAGCAGACUCCCCGCUGAGCAAGGAGCCCCAUGCAGGACUCGAUCCUGGGACUCUGGGAUCAUGACCGAGGCUUAACCGACAGAGCCACCCAGGCGCCCUGUGGGUACUUUUCUCAGGGUGUGUGUGUAUGUGUGCAUUAAUGUGCUGUCGUGCACCAGUUCUGUACGCGGGACUAUAUUAUGUACUGAAACAGUGGGAGGACUGAGGGUCGGAGAGUCUGAUUCACUGGCCUGAGCUCGCACAGCUAUUCCACAGUCAUGGCAGGUCUUAAAGGGGACACAGAGGCUCAGACUCUGCUUCCUGUGCAGAACAGCCAAAUGAAAUCUGGGAGUGGACCAUCCCUCCUACUUGGAGUACCAGAGUUUUACCUUUCCAGGUCAGUGUUGCAGACUUGAGGCCUGACCUGCUCACAUAACGAACAGCAGAGGUUUCGUGUCGAGGUUGCUAACGGCCCAGGUUUUAUGACACAGCCCCCGCUGACCUGCUCCCAGUGCAGGCUGGAGACAGGCCAGCUUCUCUUCCUGUGGGGAGGAGUGCUAGGAUGGGACUGAACAGCUGUUUUGGAAGAUUGUCCGUAUUUUCAAAACACCAUUCAUUUCCCUUGGGGCUUUUCUUACAGUGGUGUGUCAUCACCGAAUCACAGAGCGGGGAGGCACACCAACUGGUUCUGUUCAGCAGGCACCUCGUCCGCUGAACUGUCCAUUGUAUUUUAUGUGUCAACAGUUCUAAGGACAGCACACUCCCAGGCUGCAUUCCCUGGAUGCCAAGUGCAGGUAAUGAAACUCAGGAUUAAUUUUAGCCUGGGGAACUCAUUCAGAAGAUACUUGCUUAUCCAAAAUGGUGAUCCGUGAGUGACUAUGCGUACCAAGCGUGGGUUACCAGGUAUCAAAGAGUUCGAGUCCAGAGGCCACCAGGCAACCUUAACAAUACAACUCAAGGACUCCCUUCCGUAGGAAACCUCUCACAACACCCCCAUCCUCCAGGGAGAGCUGUUCAUAUUGGUGGCCACUCUACCUACAUGUAUGUCCAUCGAAAAGCCACUAACAUUUUAUUGUACUCCAUGUUUUCAUGUGUCUCCCACUAGACUGUGAACUGGAGGGUAGGAAUUUUGUCUUACUGAUCAAUUUUCCUCAGUACUUACCAUAAUGAUUGGACAAUUAGUAAAUAGUCACUGAAUGAAUAAAAUCUUCUUAGCCAUGGGCUUGCAGACUUAGAUCCCCACUUAUCCACAGGGGGAAUGUUCCAGGACCCUCAGGGGAUGCCUGAAACCGUGGAUAGUACUGAACCCCAUAUGUACUCUGUUUUUCCUAUAUGUACACAUCUGUGAUAAAGCUUAAUUUAGAAAUGAGGCACAAAAUGAGAUUAACAACAAUAAUCAAGUAGAAUAAUUACAAUAUGCUGUAAUAAAAGUUAUGUCUUUGUCUCUCAAAACCCCUUACUGUACUGCACUCACCCUUCUUGUGAUGUGGCAUGACGGAACACUUACACGACGAAAUGAAGUGCAGUGAGUGACAUGGGCGCUAUGAUGUAGUGUUAGGCUUCUGUUGACCUGCCGAGGAUACAUCAGGAGGACCGUCUGCGUCCAACUGCAGUUGACCAGGGGUAACUGAAACCAUAGAGAGCAAAACUGCAGACAAGGCGUGGGGACGACCAUAUGCUAAUAUACAGAUGUGUCUACGUAUGUGGACAUGUGUAUGUGUGUAUGGACUAUAACACGUCCCUACAGAUAUGUGUCUACGCAUAUAUAAUACAUAUUUUAGACACCGGUAGCUUCUCAUUUUCAGGGGACAAGUUCAUUACUGCGGAGAACUAUAAACGCAGAACAGUAGAGGCUUAAGCAUGAGCUAUGCUCAUCCAGGACAAUCCAUCUAUACCGCUCUUCGGAAUACUCUAAAUCCCAGAUGUGUCUUUUUUUUUAAGUCACUUGACCAUUGUUUAAGCUUUCUGAUUGUUUGGAUUAAGGGCUAAUGAUGGUUUACUCCGAGAUAAAA